CCACGUGGAAGAGGACUGGACUGGUUUACUGGCCACUCCAUGAGCUAGGACAAGGACGAAGAGAGGAUCAAAGGAGACAUAUUUGUUUGCAGCAGAGGCCCAGUGGGACCUUGGCCUGCCCUGAAACAACUCGAUGGAUCUAAGUGCUGACUCCAGGACACUCCCCACCCACACCGCUGUAGGAGGACCUGCGAUGGAGCAGGAGUUGUCUUUGUCUAACGCUCGCUGUCAAACAGAAAGUGGAGGGCCCAUCUUACUACAGCUGCUGGAAUUUAAAACCCAUCUACUUGAGGCUGUUGAGGAGCUGCACAUCCGGAGGGAUGCAGAGACGCGCUUUGAGGAUCAGAUCAGUAAACUGGUGUUGGAGAACCAGGAGCUGGAGUGGGAGAAGGAGUCCCUGCAACAUCAAAUUGAAACCGUGUCAAACCAGCACACAGAGUCACUCAUCAAUGUUAAGAAGCAGUUUCAGGCCAAAAUAAGAAACAUUGAGGAGGAGAAGGGGAAGUACCAGGUCAGUGCUGAGUUAAAAGACAAGGAGAUUAACAACCUGAAAGAAGAGCUCAAGUCGCUACAGUUACUGAAGUACAACUUUGAGAAGAGAUCAAGUGAGCUGGAACAGAAAUUAGCCUUGCAGAGCCGGUCAAAGGACAGCCACUUGAACCAGUUGGGGGAGGUUGAAAAACGUUUCAGUGCUCUGUCCAGACAGUGUGCCAUGGUCAAACAGGCCCACGGGACACUAGAGCAAAACGUUGAUGAGGCCAUGAAAAUACACAAGAAGCUGACUACUGCAAAUGAAAAACAAGAAGCAACCAUCGUGUCACUAACGAAGGAGUUGGAGGAGGUCAGUCACAAGCUGAUAAAAGCCAAGAUGUCCUCCGUUAGACACGACGAGGCCCACAGCUCUACAGGCAGAGAGCAGCACUGUCAGCAGCUGCACCAGAAACUGAACAUGGAAACGGAAAUGAACAGAAAACUCAGGGAGGACAAUGCAGCAGUGAGAGCAGAAAAGCAGGAAGUGAUGAGGUCUCUGCAGCAUACCCAGCAGCUUUUGUUGAGUCAGACACAGACAGUGAGUAGAGUGGAGCUGGAGCUGCAGACUCAGAGAGAGCAGUACCAGGCCCUUAAGCAGGAACACAGGGUGAUGAGAGAGAGAAGCAAGGCGACGGAAGACAAGGUGGCCCAACUGACGGAGAGCGACGCCGCUUCCAAGCACAGCUGGGACAAAGAGAAGGCAAUGUUUCUGGAUCGCAUCAAGAGCGAGCGGCAGGAGCUUCAAGCAGUGAAAGAGGCUUACUAUGAGCUUCGUCUGGAACACACGGAGCUGUCCUCGCAGGCCAAAGUGCAGGCUCAGCAUAUACAGGAAUUGGAGAUGAGAGACGGUGGUCAGAGUCCUGGUGUCUCUACAGAGGAAAUCAGAGGAGAGGGAACUCUUAAUGAACCCAUCUCCAGCUCUGAGCUGCCUAGCUUUGGCAGUCUGCAGCACUUGGCCUCCGCUCAGACCAGCAGCCCAGACUGUCUGGAGGACACGGGGGUUGUGACUGAGCUGGAUGCCACUGGAGCAACUGGAGUAACCGUAUCAACUGCAUUAAGCCAUGACCACAUGUCUGACGGGGGAUCUGUAGACUUGCUGAGCAAAGAACAGAGUGAUGAAGGGAAUAGAGGAAUGAGUGAAGAGGAACGGGGAUGGAAAGAUGACGCGAAACAAGUAAAAAACAACAGAGAUGAGGAGCAGCAGUGGAAUGGAGAGGGAGAAGAUGCGAAGGGAGGAGGAUGUGCUUCAGAGAAGAGAGGAAUGCUCGCAGCCCAAAAAACAGAUAGAGCAGACGGACGAGAGGGUAGCCAAGGGUCAACGGAGGAUGCAGGGGUCCCCAACCAGCCUGAAACAGAAACAAAAGAUAGAGCCCAGGGUGAAGGGACGAACGGAGAGGAGGAGAGAGGAAAGACAGGGCUGCAGGCAGCAGAAACCCAGAUAGCGGCCCAGACGACUACUGAUACGACCACGGAGAAGGGCGAUUCACAGCAGGUCAUCGCCCUCAUGGACACUGAGCCACCGCUGGCCGCCUGUGAGCCCUCAGACCGCUCACAAAGUCUCCUUCAGAGCGGCAGCGAGAAGGAUGCCGACUCCAGAUGUCUGAACGAAGGACAUGAGACUCCCUCUGUUCUGUGCUGUUCUGAUGAGCGCCAACUUGUCAAUCACGGGCCGAACUGUGUCGUUCAAGAGGUGCAAAGCCUCUGUCAUGAUGAGGUCCAAACCUUUGCUGAGUCAGCUACUCCCAGUCCGAUUCAUCACGUUUUAGAGAAAACCACGGAAGAGAAACUCUCCAAGAAAUCAGCAGACGAUAUAUCUCCUGAACUUUCUGUACCUCUGAGUCCGUCACGUAUCUGUAGCUCAAAGACCAGCACGGAACCAUUAGCUGCUCAGUCGGAUGGUGUUAGCAUCCAAGAGUUAGCGACAAAACAAACUCAACCUAGUGAUCCCUUUGACAUCACCAGCGACAUUAAGCAAACAGAUGCAUUACUCCCAAGUCUGGAUAUCCCAGAGCAGAGUGCACAGUUGAAGUCUCUGGUAACCGAUGAUGAUUCUAGUGCAAACAAGGAGAGGGAAGGUCAGUCAAACGUAGACACACCAGAAACCGAUGCCUGCGAGACUGCCCAGGAACCUUCAGACAAAUGUAAUUUGAAGGAUAUCUCUGCUGAUACCACAAUGGACACUAUGAACAUUGAAUCUCGGCUUGAGACUGGCAGCAGUCAGGAGCAAACGAUGAACGUCGAAAUAGAUGCAAAGACAACUAAAAGCAAAGCUGAUUUGAAGCUGCCUGUCCAUCCAAGUCAAGAGAGUGAUGCAUCACCAGAGACUGGCGGUUCAAAGCGCUAUGAGAAGUCUCCAGAAAAAGAAAUGCUGCACGAUGAUACAAACGAGUUGCCUCUGCUCAGCAAUAAGACGUACAGGUCAUCAUUUGACUGGGGCAGCGCUCAGAGAAGAACAGGAAGCUCCAGAGAAAAGUCUGAUGUCUCCGUCCUACAUCAGUUUGUUCAGGGAUCAUCUGCGUCGGGGCAAAACACAAGUGGUCCUGGUGGAUUCCUCAGACCUCCUCCCAGCACAAUACCCAUGUUCCUCCAAAGCAAGCACAACAAAGUCCCCUUGGUGAUUACCAGGGCGUCGGAUCUGCUGAAUGCCUCCAGUGUCUCUGGGACCGCGGCUUCCACGCCAAGAGGCCGGCAGGGAGGGCAAGAUGCACUGGGAGAGACCUGCGGAGAGACAGCAACGCCAGACAAGGAGAGCAGAGCGUCUCUGAUCAACACGUCUUUACCAGUCAGCAGACUGUCAAUGCAAAGCACCCCAGGGUGUAGCAGAGCUCCUACCUCAGCCGCAGGUCCUAGUUCAGAGUCCGACUGGGAGCCCUUUUGCUCCCAGGAGAGGGAGGACCAACAGUCAUCCUUCAGAGCCCAGAUCUCCAAAAUCGAGCAGUUCCUCAACACGGAGAGGCUCCGUCUGCCCAAAAGACGAAGAACUGACGACUAAACCCCCAAAACUCACCGUUCUGUUGAGAGAUUCUUCUGUAUCUAGUUGCAUUAACAUUCUGUAGCACUUCUUUUUUAUGGAGAUAAGAUGUAGGUGUCUAGUUUUUGGCUUACAUCAUUGCCUGUUCACAUUACUGUUAUGAAAACAUCUUUAUAUUUAUUUAUUUGAAUGGGAAAAAAGUUCCAUGAUUGUGCAUGUGUAGGUAAGCAGGAGAAGAGGGAAUUGAUCUAACCACUGGAUUUUUGUGUCAAUAAAGAUUUUACUUUAACAUACAGUUGUGUAUAAAUAAAUGUUGAAAUGUAUG